AUGUCAGUUAAAAGCUUUCGUACUGAAUUCUAUCCUUAUCAGUGUGAGGUAUUGCAAGAAUAUGGGAGCAAAAUGUCUGAGUUAUCUAAGGGAGUCCUUAAGCUCGUAUUAACAACUCUAGGAGAUGGAAUUGAGACAAAAUAUUAUGAUUCUGAUUUUAAGAAUUGCCAUGGAUAUUUGAGAAUAAACAACUACACGGCUCCAGAGAGUUUAGAUGAAGAAGCUGAGGGUCUUGGAAUGCAUACUGAUAUGAGCUGUGUAACAGUCGUAUAUCAAGAUGAAAUAGGAGGACUUCAAGUGAGAUCAAAGGAUGGAAAAUGGAUGAACAUCGCCCCAUCGGAAGAAACCCUAGUGGUAAAUCUUGGUGACAUGUUGCAAGCUUGGAGCAAUGAACAACUCAGAUCAUCGGAGCAUAGGGUUGUUUUGAAGAAACCAGUGAAUCGGUUCUCCCUAGCUUUCUUCUGGUGCUUUGAGGACGAGAAAGUGGUGUUGGCACCUGAUGAAGUUGUGGGUGAAGGAAAUAAAAGGAUUUAUAGGCCAUUUGUUUGUUCAGAAUAUUUAAAGUUCCGUGAGAGCAAUGAGAAAGGUAGGUUUGAGAAAGUUGGAUUUACAGUUAAAGAUUUUGCUGGGAUUGGAUUUCCAAUGUAA